AUCAACACCAUCAUCUCCGACACCAUCACUGGCCUGCAGCUUCAGCUUCGCCAUUCACUCCAUGACUUUCGAGAAGGGCGUCACUGAAAUCGCGGACUCGGAUGAUGAUCCAAUGACGUCGUCACCUUGUGUUGUUCCGGAUGAAGCGGGCGACAAGCAUUGCGCAGUGUCCAAUGUUCCGUACCAAGAGCGACAAGACGCGCUGCACGUGGCAGAUGGCCUUCAACAAGCAUUGCCCGAACGCGAUGCCAGCACGUCUGUAAUCUUGGGCGCCGAUCUCAUUGAUGCUCCAGUUGACGUCCGCGCGUUGAGAAUUGAUCAGACUAACAUGAUGCUUCAUGAGACGACUGCAGCGCAAAGAGGAGAAGGAGCGGCUGUCGAAGGUGGCAGCCACGGCCUGAGACUCCACACACAAAAGCAUCCACAACAGCCAGAAUCGACGGCUAGAGACACGUCAGAGGGGCCUCACGUGAUGGUCGUUUCAACUGAAGACGGGGGUUCAGUUGCCAAGGAGGUUGAAUCUGACCCCACAGCCGGUGGUGACGAACAGCAACCACCCGUAAGCCAUGCCAAUCCAUAUCCUGCCGAACAGGAAGUACCUGAGGCUAUUCAACUCACGAUGGCGGAUGCGCCGUUGAACGUACCAGGUGCUACUGCACUCGCUCCAUCGGAGUUCAGCGUCGACUCCGAAUUCUCAAACGGAGCAACAUGUCAAUCGCAAAGUACUGUCACACGCGACAGUCUGCCCCAAGAGUCGAAAGAUGACCCGAGUCCAGCUGUACGGCAUCAUCUGAUAGAUGGACAUAUGAGCGAGAACGUAGAUCAUUCUCUGCCGGACUCAACAGCAGCCAGCAUGCAGUCAAAUACGACAAGUAUUACGAUAGGCUCGCCAGGCGACGCAGGUCCCGCCACGACCAUGCCGGACGACUACACCAGCUCCACGCGCCACAGGGCUCAAGACCAAGCAGAUAGGCCUCCUGACGCGCGAAUGAAUACCAACACUAGCGAAGCUGCAACGAUCGAAAACGGAACUAGCUCGGAGAUCGGUCAGGAACAAACUUCCCGAAGCCGAACCGCGGACCAACAGCCAUCCGUAGAAGAAGUGGCAUCAUCGAAAGAGAGCGCAAACUCAAGUUUUGGUGCUAGUUCACCAAUCGCUCAACCAUCUACCCAUGCCCAACCACACGCUGACGCCCAACGCUUGUCAUCGCCCAUCCCAAUGCCUCCGUCGAGAACACCACAGGAAAUCACCCUUGACAAUCUGAGAGCCCAAAAAGCUGCACUCUUAGCCUCUCUCGGUACCCUUCCAGCGAUCCAAGUGCUGAUGGAGGAGAACGCCCUUUCAGAUGCCGAAUCAGGCGAUGCCAAUGAUGAACCUACUGAGACCGAUAUCAUGGCGGCUGCAAACAAGAUCGUGAAAGAGCACAUCAAGUUGUUACACGAAUACAACGAGCUGAAAGAUGUGGGUCAGGGCUUGAUGGGCCUUAUUGCGGAUCAGCGGGGCGUACGGAUAGUCGAAGUUCAAGAGGAGUUUGGCAUCGAUGCGCAGGACUGAUCGCAGGUUUACCAGUGUACUGUGAACGCCAACGGGAGUGAGGAAGCGAUAGACGACGGCGUGAACUAGGUGUGAGAGGCGCAGAAUGAACACGGCAUCUGAGUGUCAAAUAAACCUUAUACUAUAUG